CCACCACCACAAUGAGGGCUGGAUAUUUAAAAAAGAGAAAGUGUUUGGGCUGCAUCUUGCAAGAGAGGAGUAUUGAAUGAAACCUGGCCAGCAGCUGUGACCCAAUAAAGCGAUUUCAUACUUUUGAGUUAAUUAGUAAUCUGCUAACUAGGGUCAAAAGUAGCAAGAGGCUAUUCACCAUUUCCCGCGUCAGUGCUUCAACAUAAAAGUACUCCUUCCUCUUCUCCCAGGCUUUCUGCCUGGGAACAAACGAAACGCCCGAUUGCAGGAACACGAAAGCGAAACUGAGCUUGCCUAUUCUCCUCCAGCUCUCGGAAAACAGCUGCUGCGGCUUCUUGGGCGAUCAUGGCUACCGCAGAUCCAGCAAAACACCUUCAGGACGAAGUCACUUGUUCCAUUUGUCUGGAUUACUUCAAGGAUCCAGUUAUGAUCACGGAGUGCCAGCACGACUUUUGCCGAGCCUGCAUCACAAAGUAUUGGAAAAGAUCAGGAGCUUCCAUUUGCUGCCCGGAUUGCAGAAGAGCAGCUUCCUGGCAAAGCCUGAAACCCAACCGGCGCCUGGCGAACAUGGUGGAAGCGGCUAAGCAGCUCCGUCUGCAGCUGGAGCAAAGUCCAGGAAGGGAGAAAAUGUGCAGGGAGCACAAGAAGCCUCUGAGUCUGUUCUGCACAACAGAAAAUACCCUUAUUUGCAUGUUCUGCGAGAGAUCCAAGGCUCACAGAAACCACCGUGUUAUUUCCCCAGAAAGAGCUGCUGCAGAUUACAAGAAAGAGGCAGAAGCCAAGAGGGUGGAGAUUGUGUCUGAAUUCCAACAACAGCGGCAGUUUUUGGAGGAACAAGAGCAACGCCAGCUGGCCAGGUUGGAAGACAUAAAAAGGGAGAUUGAGAAGAGAAGAAAUGAUUAUGCAAACACAUUUGAGGAUGAAAUAUCCUACAUCAACGAUCUGAUUGGUGAUAUAGAAAAGAAGGGCACUCAAUCACCAGAUGGAUUCUUGGAGGGUAUUGGAAGCAUACUGGACAGAUGCGAGACAGAGAAAUUUCAGUUUCCAGCUACUCCUGCUUCUGCAGACAUGAAGGAAAGGCUGAGGAAAUUCUCUCAAGAAAGUGCAUCUCUGAUGAGUUCUCUGAGGAGAGUCAGAGACGGUUCUGAGUCCAACUGCUCUCAGUCCAACACAGUCAAAUCAAAAUGGAUAAGAGAAAAUGUGGUGUUGGAUCCGGAAACAGCCCAUCCCCGGUAUAUUGUGUCUUCAGAUGGAAAAUCAGUACGGUGGGGAGAUGUCCGCCAGGACUACCCCUACAACCCAAAGAGGUUUGAAUACGCCCGCUGUGUGCUUGGAACGCAGGGAUUCAGCUCUGGGAAACAUUAUUGGACAGUGGAUGUUGAGGAUAUUGACCACUGGGCUGUGGGCGUAGCCAGUGAGUCUGUGGAAAGGGAUAGAGAAAUUGAUUUUGAACCUGAUGAAGGGAUCUGGGCGAUGGGCUUUAGUUAUGAUCAGUACAAAGCUCUGACUUCACCUCCUACCGUUUUGGAGCCAGAAGAGGAUCCAGUAGAGAUCCAAGUUUCUUUGAACUAUGAAGCAGGAACUGUGGCUUUUUAUGAUGCUGAAGAUAAGACCCGCCUCUUUAUUUUCCAGUCAAUUGAUUUUGAAGGGGAGGAAGUUUUCCCCUUUUUCCGGAUUGGAAAUUCAUCAGCUCCCCUCCAGCUGUGCUCUUAAAACACAUGGUCCUUGACCUGUGCUUUGCUUUGCUUUGCCUUGCCUGGCCUGUGUGCUCAGACGAUUCCAGGUGUUAGUCCCAAAGAUCAGCGGAUAUCAUUUCUGUGCACAUUGUCUUUGGAAGUCUGCUUCCAUCCCAGGCUGCUGUCCCACAUUCCCCUUCAACAAAGGACCAAGGUGUUUUGGUUUGACUGUGCAGAUGAUAGCUUUAUAAUCCAGUACAGAAAAGAAGCACUAUAAUAUUGCAAAUAAUUUUACUUUAAUUUUGCACCCUCUUGGUGGUGCCAAUGGGGAAUUUCCUCCCAAUGCAAGUAGCAGCUUCAGAGGGGAUUAUCCUCGGGACCAAAGCAAAGGUGGAAAGGGUUAAAUCCUCCACCGCAUUUUGUGAUUCUCAUAAUCAUCAGCUUCUUCCCUCACUCAGCAUUUAGCAGUUUUAAAAACCUGCAUGCUAAAUGAAAGGCCACAUUUUGUCUGGUUUUGAUCCUUGGUUUAUAUUAACCAUACUAUUUAUUAGCAUAUAACUCCUCAGGUUUUUUUCUUUAGCUUUUUACGUUUAAUAAACCUGUGAUUUGAUGUCGUGAUUGUC